GGGCACAUAAGGUUGAUCGUGUAUAUAUACCAGUUGGCUUGAUCUUGUGUGUACUCUACGGGACUGUCAACAAACCAUCACAGAGGUAGGUUCGCCGGACAUGAGGAAAAAAAAGGAAGAAGAUGAAAUAAAUCUCCAAGUUCUAUGGUUUCACCUCCUUGGAGAGGAUUCAUCUCGUAUCAUUGGUCAAUCCACGCGAGUGCUCUGAUUCGCAGCUCGGCAUUGUUUGCCAUCUCCCGUCGCCUAAUUAUCGGGAUAGGCGUUCACUACUAGCCUGUACGCUCAUUGAUAUGUAAAUGAAGCAGGAACGAUCGACAAAUGACAAGCGUUUGUGACCACGUGACACGGCGAACUCAAAACAAGACCAGAGUAGAGAGCUCACCGGUGACGAAGUAUGAAGGUGCUGAGUCGGCCGCAAGGGUAGACAUAUAGAAUCGCCGCUCGCUCCGGCUUCUUUACCUGAUAUUCGGUCAAGCCUAUUGUACUCACCUGGCUCUGAUCAACAUCCGACUUUAGUUUAUGGAGCUGCGUGGAGAGAAGCAACUCAGUUGAGCUUCACUCGCCGAGUUUUGGGGAUAAACAGUGAUCCUUUAUACGACACUCGCAAAUCGCAUACCGCAUCGGAGCUUGACUUCAGAUAUGAUCGUGAACGCCACCGACCUGAUGGAAGGGAUAAACAUCCGUCCUGCAAAUGAGCAGCAGGGGAACUGUAGAAAGACCGAGUUGGUGGGGCACGAGAUCGCCGCAGCUGCCGCGGACCUGCGUGACAAAUACCUGCCCACCUCCACGGGCUUCGGUAUCGAUAGACUAUGUGGUUCGGCUUCGGAAGACGCAGCAGGGUCCGAGCUCGGCGACGUCGAGGUGGACAUGACCCAUGAUCGCGAGUCACCGUCGGCUUGCUCGGCGGAAUCGGAGAAGGACGAUAUCGAUGUGAAAGUGGACGACUCGAAAUCGGAAACAGCAGACGAUAAGAAAAAGGCGAUUUCGGUGAAACCUCCUUAUUCGUACAUUGCUCUCAUUACGAUGUCGAUUUUGCAAUCGCCGCAGAAAAGGCUAACUCUCAGUGGAAUUUGUGAGUUUAUCAUGAAUCGUUUUCCAUAUUACAGGGAAAAGUUCCCCGUGUGGCAGAAUAGUAUUAGGCAUAACUUGUCGUUGAAUGACUGUUUUGUGAAGAUUCCUCGUGAGCCAGGCAACCCGGGAAAGGGCAACUACUGGACUCUAGACCCCGCCAGUGAGGACAUGUUUGAUAAUGGUUCCUUUUUGAGAAGGAGAAAACGCUACAAGAGGCAGCAACCAGACUUUUUCAGGGAAGCGGGGCAUUUCAUGACGGGUCCAUAUCCUAUGGGGCGACCAGCAUACGGUUAUGCGAUGGCAGGACUUCCCCACCAUCCACACACAUUACUGCCUUAUCAUUUAGUCUCACCUCUCCCUCCUCCCGUAGCCCUACCCCUCCCCGCCACCGCACACCAAAGCAUGGAUAAUGGGGCUCUAAGCAGUCUACUCAGUGCUGGGAUAACGGGCGCAAAUUCAUCGACAACCUCGCCGACCAGCCGGGCUACCUUCACCAUCGACAGCCUGCUGAACGGGAGUACCGCUCCACCCUCUACGACCGUCACCUCCACUACCUGUACGGGGCUAUCAGUCUCUAGGGCUCCUCACAUUCAUCCGCACCCGAGUCUACUCGCCAUGAACCCGACACUCGCGCUGGGCCAUCUUUCCACAGGAGGCGGGGGCUCGGCAUUCUCAGCGCCAGUACCUUCCGCACUCGAGCUUCUCAAAUACAGGGAAGUCAGGGAUUGUUUCCAAUGUACGCGGCAACCCACCUCAACGUGUAACUGGCGCUAGCAGAGACAAUAAAAACUUUGUAAAAUAAGAUUAAAAAGAAAUAUGAAUAUUGCCCAUAUACAGGGUGACUGCUCGGCUGGGAUGAAAGGGAAGAGAAGCUCAGAGGCACAAAACACACAGCCAGGUAUUCUCAGCAAAAAAAUCAACGUGUAUUCCAACAUCUCCCGUGAAAAAAAGACCAUCUACCUGACGGGACAAACCUGAAACGAGACAUUUAGAAGAACGGAAAGACCUUUUGUUCAGUUUAGUUCAUGCAGGAAAUUUUGUGAAGCGCAAAAGAAGUGUGUACAAAAUAUGUUGAUAAAGUUGAAAAGGUGAGCUGUGCGGGCUUCAGUGAUCCAGCGGAAAUCGGUGAUACCACACGCCGAACUCUGGCGGCCAGGGCCGCGGACUCACGCUACUAGGCGAUCCGCUACUGUGAGUACAAUGUAAGUUGCACUGCCUCGCUUUGACUUUUUCAAUUGAAGGGUAUUCCAUAGAUAUGACGUUGUAGAUUUGUAUAUAUAUUAUUACGAACCAAAAAAUACAAGGCAUACAUAGAUGGGGGAGUAUUCACUGCUCCUUUCUUUUACUAAAAAGAGUUAUAAAUGAGAAAGAGAGACAAAGUCAAGUGUGCUAUCAAGGCUAUAGGAGAAUUUAUGGGUCGAGAAAAAAGUAAAUAUAGUCACAAUUUGAAUAUAAUGAUGCAGAAAAAUGAAUAUGAAUGUUGUGUUUUGUUGCUAUGUGAUCAAAGUAAAUACAGAUAUUGGAGGGAUUAGUGGUGUUUUUGUCCAACAAAUAGGCCCACUACUUAAUUAUACGUGUCAUUAUCAGGGUGGGGCGAAUGCUAUCGCAAAUGACCAUCGAAUGAUAUUGGCUUUUGUAACAAACACGGGCAAGUUUGCAAGUGAAACAGAAAGAAAACCUUUUUAAGUACUAAGGCUGCCUGCAGUUUUAUGUGUCAUUAUGUGAAAUUGUAUCUCAAGGAGAGAAAGAGAAAUGGUCACCAGCAAAUUGAAAAGGAACUCCCACUAAAACUCAGAGUUAACUUAUCAUAUGUUGUGGAAGAAACAUCCUGUAAUAAAACUGUAGUAAUGUUCGCACUUUUAGAGGAUUUCAAGAGUAAAUAGAUUUAUAUAUUUUUUUCUCAUUUGUGAUAGAGCUUGUUCUGAGUCAAUGUCUAAACUUGUGCUUUGAGUGUUUACACGCCAAAUACGAGAGAUAAAAAUAUGAUAAAAAUGAGAUGAAGGAUUGAAAAUCACAACAAACCAAAGCGAAACUAUUAUCUGAAGUUUUUUUUCCGAUGUCUGAAAUUGUUUUCGGAUUAUUCUCUCUUUAAUUUCUUCCUUUCGAUUCUAUUUCGAAUUCACAUUUGGUUAACUUUCAGGCAAACUUUUGCCAAGGAAUUCCCAAGAGUAUUUUUGUCUUUAAAUAAUUCCCUUGUUUUUCAUUUAUAAUUUUUAUUGUCGAAUAAAUAGUUUAAUACAAUAUAGCAGAUGUAGGAUGUAUUAAUCUGGUUUUAUUUCUGGAUAUCUUGCCGUAGGAAUAAACCGGGUAAAUAUAUUUAAAAAAACACUAUUUUCAUUAAAUUGUUUUAAAAUUCAUUCCGAACCGUAUUUCUUCACGAUCUAGUUACCCUUCAAUAUUUGAUCAAUCAAUUGACUUUCAAAAACCAUUUAAUUAUAAAAGUUUGGUAUUUACAAACAAAAUUGAGCUCUCUUAGCAAAAGUUUUCUAUUUUCAUGAUCCCUUUCAAAACUGUUCAAAAUGCGUGUAGGCGUUUUUUUAAUUCUGUAUUUCAUUGAAGAUAUAAGACUAACUUAAUGUAUUAUUAGUAAUAUUAUUCUUCCUAACUUUUUGUGCCAUAUUUCCUUUAAAACACGCAUGAGGUGGCAAAAGUAAAAUUUGAGAUGUUUAAUGAGAGAAGUUGUUUAAGUCACAGAGAAGAAAGAAAACUGGUUUCAGUUGACAGUACAAUCUCAAAUAAAGGUCACCUAAUUAUUACCAUUAUUACUUGUUCCGGUUUUUAAUCAUUCGAAUUCAAAAUUCUUCUGAAUAAUUUAUAAAAUACAGUUUGACAUAUGCCCUAUAUUUUUUUAAAUUAAACGUAGUCGUUUUUUUCCAAAUAUAAGUAGUUUAAAUAAGUGUGAAAGGACGCUAUAAUAAUCGAAUUUCCCCGAUGAAAAUAUUGAUAAUUUAAUGUUGUUUCCGUCUAUAUUAGACGCUUUAUAUUUGUGUUUUUAUGUUAUAUUGAACUGCGUAAUACUUGUGUAACGGUCCUUCAGAAAUCAUAUAUUUCUUUGUCGUGUAUGUCAGUUUGCCGCGGUGGUACUAUAAGAGACAACAUAUAGAACAGCCGCGGCAACAAAAUAAUACAGUGCAAUUUCAUUUUUGUAGAAAAAAAUGUUGAGGUUUAUCAUUAUUAUUAUAUCACCGCCUUGUCAAUGGAUGGAAUGGCCAGGUUGUUUUGCGAACAAUAGACCAAAAUUUGUACUUGGUAAAAAAAACAAAAA